CCAUCUCAAGACUGAGAUGAAGUAGUUGAUCCUUUUAAGGCUGAAAGAAAAAGCCAAACUCUUAAGUAAGUCUUGGCUUCUUUUGUUGACUAUUUACACAGCAUUUCUUAGAAAAGUCAAACAUGCAUUACUUUACUGUCUUGUGUCUUCAAUGCGAAACAUUCACGUAACUAUAUGAAACAUCUCUUUUCAGUUGCACUGUGCAAAUGUCUUAUACGGUAAAAGUUAUUAUCUUCAAUAUUUUUUUACGUAAUUAUAUGGAAACAAUAAUACCGUAUGUUUUGAAGAUAAAAUAUAGUAACCUUUUCCUCCAAGGAAUGGGACAAGAAGUUAACGUAUGAAAAGAAAAAAUAGAGAGAGUUGAAUUUAACAUAUAUUCGCUCGCAACUUGUAAUACAUUCACAAUGUUUGUAUACUUUGAAGACUCUUCUUCAAGUCAACCAUAUGGUUCCCACACGCAGCCUCACUUCAAACCUCACGUUAUAACCUUUUGAAAUCUUCUUUGACUAUGCUCAAUUUUACAUGUACUCGUCACUAUUGGAAAAAAGUAUUGUUUUGAAUUAAAAAUUCUCAUAUUAUGUCGACAUGUUACGUAUCCAUUGCAAAUCUAAACUAAAUUUCAUUAACUUGCUUAGAAUUUCUUAAAUUAAAAAACAAAUCCGGUAAAGUCAGCAAUGUCCCCUGGAUCAAUGAUAUAUAGUAUCCUAUUUUUUUCCCCACCCACCAAGCAUAUUCUAAUGCUUUGUAGAAUAAAAUAAAGAAGUCAGAUAAUCAUCAGAAAUUUUACAUAAUUACACAACUAAGAUCUCUUCAACCUCAUUACAUUGUUAUUAACAUGAGCUCAGACAACCGAGAUCAUUUCGACCGUUCCUUCUGGCAAAACACGAGUUCUUACGAUGGAAGCAGCAAGAUCUUACUCCUCACCAUCAUUUCUUUCUCUACCAUUAUUCUCAUCGUUUUUGUGUAUCAUCUUUACGCUAGAUUCAUCCUCCACCGCCGUAGAUCAACCUUCCAAGGCCUCUCCCUCUCCGUCGUGUCUCAGCCGCCCAUACGUGGUCUCGACAAACUUGUCAUUGCAUCUCUCCCUACAUUCGUUGUUGGAGUCAAUGGUGGUGACGUCUCAGCCACGGAAUGUGCGGUGUGUCUAAGCUUGUUGGAGGAGAAAGAUACGGCGAGGAUGUUACCGAACUGCAAGCAUGUUUUCCACGUGACAUGCAUUGAUACAUGGCUCACCACAUGUUCCACUUGUCCCGUUUGUCGAACUGAAGUCGAGCCGAGUCAAAGGCUAGUGCCUGAGCCAAGAGAAGGACCAGUUGUUGACGGUGCAUCUCCGUUAAAUUUAACAGCGGCAUCUUCGUCGAAUAACAAAACUCGUGUUGACCAAGAUCGUGUAAUGGACCUAGAAAGACAAUGAAUAGAUACACAUACCACAAUAGUUAAAUCUUUAAUUCAUGCACAAUAGUACUCUUGUUCUUUCGUAAUAUUUAUUGUCUUACUAAAAUAUUUUGUAAUGUGUAAAUCUUUUGUAUGCUACUGUAGGAAAUGCACAUUAUAGUACAAAGACAUUGUUGAUUAAAGUGUGAAAAAUAUAAGAAGAAAAAAGUGUUGAACUUGUAAUAUUUUCAAAGUGUGUCUACAUUGAAGACUGUUCUCAAGUCAACCUAUAUGGUUCCCUUCCCACACAUUACCUCCUCACACGUUUUUACCUUUAAUUUUCUUAUUUUCUUGACCAUGAAAAUUUUACAUUAUUUCUAGUCAUAUAUAUUGAGAUUUUACUGAAUCUUCAUUUUGUUGACCAGAAAAGAAUUGUCUUAUCAUUUCAUUUAAAAAUAGUGAAUGCUAUCCUAUUUAGCUAA